CAUAUUUUCAGGAGCGUGUAGUGUCAUUGAACACAAUACAAUGCGAUUGUAUCCUCAGUGUGUUGGAUAAUUUAAAUCAAAUAAGUAUUAUUGCAUAAUUUUUUGUUCUUAUAUGCUUGAAAUAUAUUUUAUGUGGAGCUGAAAAUUAAUCUUAUUUUUGCUCGUGAACAGGUGCGACACUAAAUUGUCACCUAACAGAUAAUGGCGGAGUGUCCUAAUAUAAAUUUAUUACACACCUGUGUAAUUUUAUGUAUACAUUUAGUGACAGUUUUAGGAUUUAAUUUAGACACUGUUAUUCCAGUGAUUAAAGAAGGACCGGAUAAUAGUUAUUUUGGAUUUUCUGUCGCACAACAUCAGGAAUUAAAGAGAUUACCAGGAGCACAAAAUUUCGACAAAAGUAGUGUUAUUGGAAAUUAUAUUGUAGUUGGUGCUCCAAAUUUAGAUCUUCAAUUUUCCAACGAGAAUCAUACAGGCGGUGUUUAUAAAUGUAACGCACUUUCACCGAACAGAAACGACUGUGAACUCCUGCUCAGAAAUGAAUACAGUCCAUCAUCUACAGUAGAUAACGGAAGGAACAAUCAAUGGCUUGGUGUGGUUGUAAGAAGUGGUGGCCCUGGCAAAGGAGUUGUGGCUUGUGCCCACCGGUACAAGGACCUGAAGCAGACCGGGAACAGUGUGAACAUCUAUGGUAUUGGGUCAUGCUACCAAAUGACCCAGGAUUUACAAUUUAAUCUAAAUUUAGCCCAGGGGAGGCUUCUAAAACCAUGUCAGGGUUUACCUAAAGGUCAAGAACAUGAAGAAUAUGCCUUCUGUCAGUCUGGAAUAAGUGCCUAUAUCACUGAGGAAGAAAGACUAAUAGUGGGAUCUCCUGGUGCAAUAAACUGGCGUGGAAUGUUAACAGAAGUUGACGUCUCUCCGCAGUUCGGUAUCAAGAAAGUGUACAAAUCUCCAACAUUAGACAGUGAUGCCAUUAAGCCCCCUGUGCCUCUUAUUUCAUAUCUUGGCUAUGCUGUGACAGGAGGAAAGUUUGACAACACCAAUAGGACUUACUACGUGGCUGGUGCACCAAGGAGUCAAAACACUGGUCAGGUUAUCUUCUUCACAGAAAUGACGAGCGGGAAUAUUCUGAAAUAUGAAAACUCACAGAUACUGUCUGGAGAUUUACCGUUCUCCGGAUAUGGACAGGACCUGAUAGCCGUAGAUAUAAACAAUGAUGGAUACGAUGAUUUGGUAGUUGGAUGUCCAUUUUACUACGAGAAAGAAAAGGACAGCAUCAGAAUGGGCGGAGCUGUGUAUGUUUACAUAGGAAAUGGAGACAUGAUUACCAGUUUUACCAAGAAGCAGGUUAUUAAGGGGCGAAGUAUGAGUCAGGACGAGUGUGAUUCCUUGCUGUGUUUACAUGCUAGAUUUGGAUUCAGUUUAGCAAAUGCUGGCGAUCUGAACAGAGACAAUUUUGGAGAUUUUGCUGUUGGUGCUCCAUAUGAAGGGCGUGGUGCUGUGUAUAUAUUUCAUGGAUCUGCUGAUGGGGUCAAGGAAGCUUAUUCUCAGAGAAUCUAUGCUGGUGAUUUGUCAGACACUACUGGAUGGAAUACAUUUGGUUAUUCUCUGUCUGGAGGCAUGGAUCUUGACAAUAAUGACUACCCUGAUCUCCUUGUAGGCAGCUACAUACAAAACAAGGUGGCUUUACUGAGAACAAGACCUAUAAUCAUGCUCCACUCGAAAGUUAACGUGAGCCCGAACAAGCUUAACAUGAGCACUGAUGAUCAGAAAACAUGUGAACAUGACGGCAAAAAAGUGUAUUGCGUAGAAGUGAAACUAUGUCUCCGGUACACGGCUGAACCGGUAGAGAGAUUCGAUGCUCCUGUUGAUAUUAUAUACACCAUCAUAGCUGAACCAGGCAAACUCAGUCCACGAGUCGAGUUUAUGAAAGACGGCAAUAAGACGCAGGAAGUAAAGAAUACAUUUACACUCUAUAAACAAAGAACGACGGGCCUAUCAGCAGACGAUCCUGACGCUACAUUUGCUUGUAUUUCUCAUACAGCUUAUUUAAAGACUCCUAUAAUUGACGUAUGGUCGGCCAUUGAAUUUGGCAUCAACUUUGCACUACCAGAGAAAGAUCCCCCAGUGGCAUCAUCUCCAGAUACGCUCCCGGAUAUCAAUGAAUUCCCAAUACUUGAUGCAGGAAUAAAUUCUGUCGAAAAUCAAAUGGUUAUGACCCAGGUGGAGUUUCUCAAAAAAUGUGGCGAUGACCAAAUUUGCAACAGUAAUUUACAAAUGAAAGUAUCACCCAAACUGAGAAAAGAUGAAGAUGGCAAACUAGUUUUAGAGAUUGGGAGAUCCGAUAUUGUUCGUGUAGAAGUGGAUAUAGAAAACAUGGGGGAGAUUGCGUACCAGACCGAGUUUUACCUGUCUAGACCAAAGAGUCUUACCUGGCAGCAGUCCGACCCCAAAGACAUAGGCUGUGAUGUUUACAAUGACACUUUAAUCAAGUGUCAGAGUAUUGGAAGCAAAGACAAUGGGAAUCCAUUAAAGGCAGGAGCAGUAACUGUGUUCGCAUUACUUUUCCAAGUUGACAGGAAAGCUAUAGCAACUGUAAGGUCCAUUCAGCUGACCGCAUGGGUCAAUACAACGAGUGUUGAAGUAACACCAGCUGCUGACAAAGUUGUAAUACCUAUAGUAGUUUAUGUAAAUGCUGAUUUACAAGUGUUUGGAAUUGCUGAACCUGACAGUGCCAUCUUGUACUCGGGCGAUGUCCGGGGAGAAAGUGCUAUCAAAAAUGAGUUUAUGAUUGGAAAAUCUGUGAACCAUACUUAUACAAUUUACAACAAUGGUCCAGGCAGUGUAGAAUCAUCUGAGAUCACGAUUUUGUGGCCGUACGAGACAGGUAGCAAAUAUCCUCAUGGCAAACAUCUCCUGUAUCUAAUGCAGCCACCACAGGUUCUUAAUGGAGGUGAUGCCACGUGUUAUGAUCAACCAGAUAUUGUCAAUGUUAUAGGUGUAGCG